UUCAGCACCCGCUCAGAAUCCAGCGCGUGGGGAUAUCACCCUCUUCCAGCUCAGAGGCCUCAAGUGCAGAUAGCAGAACCCAGCUGCAGGGUGAGCCAUGAUUCCGGUCACUGAGCUGCGCUACUUUGCUGACACUCAGCCGGCGUACCGCAUCCUGAAGCCAUGGUGGGACGUCUUCACRGACUACAUCUCCAUAGUGAUGCUCAUGAUUGCCGUGUUUGGAGGGACCCUUCAAGUCACCCAGGACAAAAUGAUUUGUUUGCCCUGCAAAUGGGUAACCAAAGACUCUUGCAAUGACACUGUCAGAGGUUGGACAAUUGUCAUUCCCGAGCGUACUUACUAUAACUCUAGUCUUGUUCCCUCCACUGACACAGGGCCUACAGGGAUCCGGUAUGAUUUGGACCGGCACCAGUAUAACUAUGUGGAUGCUGUGUGUUAUGAGAACCGCCUUCACUGGUUUGCUAAGUAUUUUCCUUACCUAGUGCUGCUACAUACACUCAUUUUUCUGGCUUGUAGCAAUUUUUGGUUCAAGUUCCCAAGGACCAGCUCCAAACUGGAGCAUUUUGUGUCUAUUYUACUGAAGUGUUUUGAUUCCCCAUGGACAACAAGGGCACUGUCCGAGACAGUGGUGGAAGAGAGCGAUACCAAACCAGCCUUUGGGAAAAUGAAUGGCUCCAUGGACAAGAAAUCCUCCACAGUCAGUGAGGAUGUGGAAGCCACUGUUCCCAUGCUGCAGAGAACAAAGUCUCGAAUUGAGCAAGGAAUCGUGGACAGAUCGGAGACGGGUGUCUUGGACAAGAAGGAAGGGGAACAGGCCAAAGCAUUAUUUGAGAAGGUGAAGAAGUUCCGCACCCAUGUGGAGGAGGGGGACAUAGUGUACCGCCUCUACAUGAGACAAACCAUCAUCAAAGUGAUCAARUUCAUCCUGAUCAUCUGCUACACGGUCUACUAUGUCAACAACAUAACAUUUGAUGUUGACUGUAAAGUGGACAUUGAGAGCUUGACUGGCUACCGCAUGUACCGCUGCGCUCAUCCUCUGGCUACUCUCUUCAAAAUUUUGGCAUCUUUCUACAUAAGCUUGGUGAUAUGCUACGGCUUGAUCUGCAUGUAUACGCUGUGGUGGAUGCUGAAGCGAUCGCUCAAGAAGUACUCCUUUGAGUCCAUCCGGGAGGAGAGCAGCUACAGUGACAUUCCUGAUGUGAAGAACGACUUUGCUUUUAUGCUGCAUCUGAUUGACCAGUAUGACCCACUGUAUUCCAAGCGCUUUGCUGUCUUUCUGUCAGAGGUGAGUGAGAACAAGCUGCGGCAGCUGAACCUCAACAACGAGUGGACUCUGGAGAAGCUGCGCCAGAGGAUCACCAAGAACUCCCAGGAUAAGCUGGAGCUGCAUCUCUUCAUGUUGAGUGGCAUACCUGACACAGUCUUUGACCUCAUUGAGCUGGAGGUCUUGAAGCUGGAGCUUAUCCCUGAUGUCACCAUUCCCCCUAGCAUUGCCCAGCUCACUAGCCUUAAGGAGCUGUGGCUCUACCACACAGCUGCCAAAAUUGAGGCUCCAGCCCUUGCCUUCCUGAGAGAGAAUUUGAAGUCUCUCCACAUCAAGUUCACAGACAUCAAGGAGAUUCCUCUGUGGAUUUAUAGCCUGAAAACACUAGAAGAGCUUCAUCUGACAGGGAACCUGAGUGCUGAAAACAACCGGUACAUUGUGAUAGAUGGCUUGAGGGAGCUGAAGAGGCUGAAGGUGUUGAGGCUCAAGAGUAACCUCACGAAGCUGCCCCAGGUGGUGACAGAUGUUGGCGUGCACCUUCAGAAGUUAUCCAUCAACAACGAAGGCACCAAGCUCAUUGUCCUCAACAGCCUUAAGAAAAUGGUCAACCUGACAGAGCUGGAACUGAUCCGUUGCGACUUGGAACGCAUUCCUCACUCCAUCUUUAGCCUCCAYAACCUCCAGGAGAUAGAUUUGAAGGACAACAACCUCAAGACCAUUGAGGAAAUCAUCAGCUUCCAGCACUUGCAUCGUCUCACUUGCCUUAAACUGUGGUACAACCACAUUGCCUACAUCCCCAUCCAGAUAGGCAACCUCACCAAUUUGGAGCGCCUCUACCUGAAUCGAAACAAGAUAGAGAARAUCCCCACCCAGCUCUUUUAUUGCCGGAAACUUCGAUAUCUAGAUCUCAGCCACAACAACUUGACUUUCAUACCACCAGACAUUGGACUUCUUCAGAACCUGCAGAACCUUGCUGUGACAGCCAACAGGAUUGAGAGUCUCCCACCAGAGCUGUUCCAGUGCAGGAAGCUGAGGACCUUGAACCUAGGGAACAAUGUGCUGCAGUCCCUGCCAUCCCGCGUUGGGGAGCUGACGAAUCUGUCGCAGAUCGAGCUCCGGGGGAACCGCCUGGAGUGUCUGCCUGUGGAGCUGGGCGACUGUCCCCUGCUCAAGCGCAGCGGGCUGGUUGUGGAGGAGGACCUGUUCAACACGUUGCCCUUGGAGGUCAAGGAGCGCUUGUGGAGGGCAGACAAAGAACAAGCCUGAGGCCCUGGAAGGAGGGGAGAAACCUCUGACCACCUAGAAGGAAACAAAAGGCCAUUCCAGUCCCUUUUUUCCCCAAAUCCUCUCCUUCCCCUCCCGCUUCCAACAACCACCAGACUAGCCAAGGAGUCCCUGAAGAAAYGUGGCUCUGAGGGAGGCUGAUUCUUGCCUCGGAGGCAGGAUGGGGGAAGCUUGGGAUCAGGAAGAGAAGCAAGACAGACUGGGUGGCUGCAUAGCAGGGUCCAGUGGGAGUAAGAGAUGCUGCUGUUCUUCUGGACAGGUAGCAGGGUGAGGUGCAUGGUAAAGGGAAGCAACCUCUAAACAGAGGCAAAAAUAUGUUGAUUGCUGCAUCGCCCCAGGUGGGGCUCAUAAGUGUCAGGGACUUGAGUGUUCAGUGUCCUACAAGCAAAGACCAAGAGUUCUGGGAGCCUCUUGACCUUUCAUCUGUCUGUGACACCUGAUCCUGUUCCCUCCUAACUCAGUGAUUCAGUCAGAGGCCCUACAGUGGGGUGAGAUAGGAUACAGACAGCUGAUCCUCAUCGAGAUGCUGGCACUGGGAUCUAGGGGGGGAUAAAUUUAUCAUACAUCAGCUUGGAUGCAGGAUUCCUUUUUGUGUUACUAAUUGUCUUUUCCCCCUUGUAUUCUAACACCUUCCCCACUCUGGCCCUAGGCAAGGAACCAAAGCCCCCAACCUCUGCAGCUCAUUGAAAAUUGCACUAUGUUAACAGCUUCAAGUUAAAGUCACUUUUACUGACUAGCAGAUCACAGCRUAUUUCUCUAAAUGGUGUCUGGAGGUGCCACUUGAAAUACCCACAGCUUUACCCAGAGCAGAGCUUGUGCGUGUGCCGAUUCCUGUGAAAUGGGUGGUUGCACGUCAAGUGGAAGAUAAGAUCUGGAUUAAAAGUGGUAGGACUGUCUCACGCACUCUGCCAGGAGCAGCAAGGUGCUGCUUCAAGAUCUUGGCUUUUAAAGUUUUUAAACUACUUUUAAGUUGUUGGUGUUUUGUCAYGUAUCAAAUACAAACAUGCGACUAGGGCAGCGGGUCAGGGUCUCCCUGGGGUUGGUGUUCAAAGAGGGCUGCCGAGGCUUCCUCUGCGCCUCCUUCCCUGUUGAGUUGUUUGAUCCUUUGCCAGUGUUUUUCAUGAACACGAUCUACAAAGCUGCUUGAUCGUCCUUUUCUGUUGUCUUUUUUUUUUUCCCCCACUUUAAUGGCUGUCAAUUCCUGUUACACCUACUGUCCUAAAUAAGAGGCUAAUGCUGAUUUGAAUGUGGUGCUGUGGAAAGGAAACCUGUCUUCCUAUUUUUCUCCCCUUUUCAUUCCCCCAGUGUUAAGGAGCAAUAGGAGAAUCCUCUGGGGACCCAGCUCCUCUCAAUCCCUGGGACAGAGCGGUUGCAAACAAGUCUAACUUGUUUGAUGCUGUUUGACAGAAACCCCUUCUGCGUUGGCAGAGGUAGAUGAUUGUGUUAUAGCUACUGAUAAUCAUGUCCUCCAGGUGGGGUGGUUAAGGCAUGCCGACGAUACACCCUAAAUCUGCCUUUUUUUUCCUUCCAAAGGAAGAGGAGGCUCGUGGACCUGCAGGUCCAGGUUGCAAUACUCCUCAUGAAGCCACCAGGCUGGCUCCAAGGUGGAGAGCUGCAGGCUGAGGCGCGAAGCGUUGGGAGGCCUCCCAUGAGUUAUAAACAGGGAAGCUGCAGCCAUCUCCASAUGAGUUCCCUGGAAGCUGCUGGUUAGAGCCCUGGUGUAAUGGAUCUCGGAUCUCCUUGGAUGUUGGGGCAGUAGGGCACACUAUGGCUUUCUUCAUCAGAUGUAAUAUAUGAAAUUUACACUAAACGURCUGAAACCAUGGACAAUGUUAACUGGGCUCUGAAUUUGUUGAUGUUCAGAUGCUUAAAUAAAGCUACAUUAAAGUCUAGGAAAUCUGUUUCAUAAAACUGCUUUUAAGAGGAUGUAAAUUCUGCUGCCUUUAAUCCAUUCGUCACAAAGUUUAAAAAGUGCAAGGGAAGACUAAGAUUAAGGCCCUACCUAGAAGGCAAGGUACUGUAAAUAUCCUUGUUCCUGUUCCCAACAGGGUCGGUGUUGAAAUAUUGUUAAAGUUGGGGGCCACUGGUGAAAAGAUGUGGAAAAGGUUUUUCCGAAAUGUACUGCCCYAGAGCAAACACUGGGGUUUGGAAGUGUUGGUGCUGAUGCGUCUCGGGCUGGACAUGUUGCAUUUGGACUAGUGUUUUGGGUCAGCACAGGGCAGAAAUUGCUAGGUAGACUUAACGAUGCUUAAAUUAAGGUUUCAGACUUGGCUACAGCAAGGUCCAGGCAGUUCCUCGUGGUGGGCGUGAGGGUUGUUUGGAUGGGAGAAGAAGCUUCUCCUUGCCGUGUGCCAACUGCAGAUGCCAUGGAAGAGAAGCCUUAAGGACCAUGCYGUGUUCAAGGCCUUUGGGUAAUGCGGUUACGAUGCAGCGUGUACCUUGGUCUAGGCAGGGCUGAAAGGGGCAGUGCAUGUUGAGCAAUGCUAACCUGGCUUGCAGAAGCGGACACUUCUCCUGUAGGCCUGGAUCAUUGUAGACGAGUGCUCUGGCUCUUGCUUCUACAUCUGUUCCAAGUUAUACAAGCUGAAUCCGAAGCAGAUAGAGGUUUCCAUAAGCAUCUCCUGAAAAUAUAUGCUCUAGUGCUUUUAGGAGCUUGCAACCUCCUGACCUGCUGUGUGUGUCUCAGCGCUCAGUACAUAGGGUAAGUGGAUGGCAGGCUGUUUUGCUAGAAAUAAGACUGUUUCUGAUUCCUAUAAAAUGUAGAGCUUCAUUUCUACUGCUUGCUGGGUAGCCUGCCCUAGGCCUGAAUGAGCUCUGCAGAGCAAUUGUCAGUAUUGACCAUGCAUGGAAAAACCAACUAGCCUUUUGCUGCUCUUCAAAUAUUCCAAGCUCGAUACUUCCACAGUGGCUGUUGAAGCCAGYGAGAAGCUCCCUGUGCAGCAGAACGGGAAGGAGCAGCUGGAUAAAGUGUUGCACUAGAAAUGCAGGUGGUAAAAAUAUGGGUAUUCUUCAAGGAAGUGCUUUGUACUAUUGACUCUUGACGUGUCUCUUCUUCCCCCAAAUGGAUUCUCUUUGGAGACUAUGUCUCCUGUUAUGAGAUGGAAGAAGCUUGAAACUUUCAAGGAUAAGGUCAACACUGAGCUCCUGAGCACAUUGAAUGCACAGGACUCUGCACAACUUGGCCCACAGUGUGAUUCACUCCCCGUGCUUGUCUGGGUUGCUCAAUCUUGGAGGGAUGAGUUUACAUCAACAGCCCUUUCUCAUUUGCAAGUAUUGAGUUUAUCUAUUUUUUUUUUUUCUUUUAGCCAUUGUCACACUGAAGCUGAGUUUUUCUGACCCUGACCUCCCUGCUGGGUAGGGGGAGAGAGAUGGGAGGAAUGUUCUGCUUAAGCCAACAAGCAGGCUGGUCAACAUCUUGUUUUCUGGGCUCUCUUCAUAGCACUUAUUGUAGUAGCAGCUAAUAGAUAAUCUGGYUUGUGGAACCAUAAAGCAGCUUGAAUUAAAACGGUUUCCUUAACAGCACUGCUGAGCUGAAUAAGUUCUUGGAGCUCCUGUAGAUCACAAGUACACCCAUCUCAUGUUAGCAUCCAAGGGUUGUUAAAAUGAGAUUCUAYCAAUAAUGCUAAAUGCCCUAAUGCUAAUAGAUUUGCCCCACCUAUAAGGCAAGGGAUACUAAGUGAUUUAAAUGUGUUGAAUUUUGCUGUAUCUCUGAAACUAUGCACUGGAAAGUUGAUAUAUUUCUUUUUUUUUCUCAUUUUAAUGUCUUUUCCUGAUUUUUACCAUUUCAUCCCCUGUUAAUUCAGGAGCUGAAAUUAUUUUUCGCUGCCAGUCUGAGUGUUGCAUAGUGGUUGCAGUUAUCUUUCAUGCUGUGAUGGUCUUUGGUAUUAAUUGUCACUUCAUGAGAAUCUUCUACCUCAGUGUUUUUCUUAUCACCAUUUAUACACUCCAUUUAGUUGAUUCAUUUUAGUUUGAUUCAUUUUAGUUCCCUUCUUGCUGUUCAUUAUAUGCUAUUAGGGAGCUCUUUUGGUUUCUAGGAAUUCUGAUGAACAACAUCCUUUGGAAAGGAUGCGAUGUACUGGGAGAGAGGUGGGUAAAGGCUCAAAUAUCGGUUUAACAGCUCUAACAUUGUUUCGUUUUCAAGCUAUAUCUAUAUAUAUUUACUUCCACUUUGGAAAGGGACUUAUGUGCUUUGAGUUCCUUGAACUGUCUGGAUUUGUUCUUCCUUCAGAGGAAGGGUAAUGUUCAUUAGUGGCUCAUGUGCCUUCUCUAGAGAUGCAUUAAGAGAAACUUCUCCAGUAAGACACUUGCUCCAGGUGUAUUUAUUAAUAGUCUCUGCCCAAAGCCAGGUUUUCCCUUGGAGUCUUUUGCUUUUGGCUAUGGAGUUUUCAGAUCUGCUUCAGCAAGAAGUCAUACAACAAAACAGCCUCCCUUAAGCAAUAGCAUUAUCUACUCUAAAAUGUUAUUUAAGGUAAGGCCGAAUGAAUGCUGACUAGUAGAAUUACCACUUAAGCCUCAAUUUAACUCUUCUUCCUCACUGCAUUUCAAAAAUGACAUAGUGUUUUCUCCCACUGUUGGAUAUGCAGUGGAUCCUGUAGCUUUAUUAAACACUGUAUGUGCCAAAAGAGAAGUUUUCUGUCCUACCUGGACUCUUAACAAGGCAUGAAGCAGAACAUGGGUUGGACAGGAGCACUCUUGGCCUUGGGCCUUUCUCCCUCCACCCCUCCUGCUUCGGGGCCCUCAUUAAACUGCUUUGGCAGUGUGGAAAUCCUCCAGAGAUCUCAUCUCUGAAAUCCGUUUUCAAAACUGUCCCCAGUGCCUAAGGUGAAAUAGAAUUAACACAAAGACUUAAUUUGGGAUUUCUGGAAAUAUCCUUCCCUUCCCCUCUGUCCUUUUAAGGAAGUUUCUUGAACAAUAGGGGAUGUUUUCCUAUAGGAAACRUAAUGAGAAGGGGGCUAAUAGCUCUGAGUC